GCGCCCUUUCCCCCAGGGAACUCGCAGGCCGCGCCAAGGUGACAGCGGCCCUAGGGUGGGGGGAGCCUGUUUCCAGCCGGACUGCGUCCCUGGGCGCUCCCGAGCCCCGCGCCUGCGCUCUCAGCCCGUCGCCGCGCCGGCCCUGCGGCGCGAGGUUGCUGGCUUCCCCGCGCCUGGGCGGUGAGAUGCACGGCUGCCGGGUGCGUGGCAGCUCCAGAUUGCUGAAGAGAACCACACAGUGGACAUCCGUGGAGUUUAAGAAGACUAUGGAGCGCAUCAGAGUAUGUCAUUGAAGACUAUGAUGGCUGAAAACAAUUUAAAAAUGCUAAAGAUUCAGCAGUGUGUAGUAGCCAACAAACUACCUAGAAACAGGCCAUACAUUUGCAAUAUUUGCUUCAAGCACUUUGAAACACCAUCAAAAUUAGCUAGGCAUUAUCUCAUUCAUACAGGUCAGAAGCCAUUUGAAUGUGAUGUGUGUCAUAAAACCUUUAGGCAACUAGUUCAUCUGGAGAGACAUCAACUAACUCAUAAUCUGCCAUUUAAGUGUAGUAUUUGUCAACGCCAUUUUAAAAAUCUGAAGACGUUUGUGAAGCAUCAACACCUUCACAAUGAAACCUACCAGAAUGAUGUUAAACAGGUCAGAAGAUUGUUGGAGGCCAAGCAAGAAAAGCCAGUGUAUGGGAUGUAUCAUACUUUUACCACAGAGGAGAGAUGGGCUUUACACUCAUGCACUAAGCCGGAUCCUACAUACAGCCCUACAAAGAAAAGAAAGAAUAUUCACACAUGUACAAUUUGUGGCAAGAUGUUUCCGUCACAAUCAAAACUUGAUAGGCAUGCACUUAUUCACACUGGCCAGAGGCCUUUUAAAUGUGUCCUGUGCAGUAAAUCUUUCCGACAGUCAACUCAUUUAAAAAUCCACCAACUCACACAUUCAGAAGAAAGACCUUUUCAAUGCUGUUUUUGUCAAAAAGGAUUUAAGAUUCAAAGCAAACUUCUGAAGCAUAAACAAAUCCAUACCAGGAAUAAGACUUUUCAGACUCUUUCGUUAAAAGUGAAGAGUUCAGAAUCAUGUCCCCUGCCAAAUAAAUUUAAUGCAAAUCAGGAUGGUUUUGAAAAUGGUGAUAUAGGUGAAUCUGAGGAGAAGAAUCAACUUGAUGUCCACUCUAUUUAUAUUGUUCCUUUUCAGUGUCCAGAUUGUGAAGAGUGUUUUGAAUCAGAGCAGAUUCUCAAUGGACACAAGUGUUUUCCUGCCAGAAGUGGCAAAAGUCCAAGCAGUUUCAAAAAAAGCUGCAACUAUAAAACCAUUGUUAAAAAAAUCUUGGCCAAGCUUAAACGUGCUGGGGGUAAGAAAUUAGAUAAUUUACGAUCUGAGAAAAAAGUAUUUAAAAACACUUACUUAAAAAACUGUGAUCUUAUUUCUGGUGAGCGGAGCCCUGAACAAACCCAGAAAACAUUUAUGGGUUCUCUUGGCAAACAUGGAACAUAUAAGACAGUUGGCAAUAAAAAGAAGAAAACAUUGACUUUGCCAUUUUCGUGGCAAAAGCACUUCCAGAGCCAAAAUAUGGGAAAAAGUGUGAAAGGUAUCCUUACAACAGACAACAUGUUAACUAUGGAUAAUUCAAUGAAUAAUAAAGAUGUAUCUAUCUAUGGUUCAUCAGGUGAAGAAUUCUUUGAUAACUGCGAAGUGCUUCAGUGUGGUUUUUCAGUUCCAAGUGAAAACAUACAUACUGGACAUAAGAUGUGUCCUUGUGACAAGUGUGAAAAAGUAUUUCCUUCUAUAUCCAAACUACAAAGACACUAUUUAAUUCAUACUGGACAGAGGCCUUUUGGCUGUAAUGUUUGUGGGAAAUCUUUUAGACAGUCAGCUCACUUGAAAAGACAUAAAUUAACUCAUAUUGAAAAGAUUCCUUAUAGAAGAUCUCUUCGCCAAGUAGAAUUUGAAAAUUUGAACAAACUUUUCAUUGAACCGAGUGAUAACAAUGUUAACUAUAAUGCUUCCCAACAAUGUCAGACUCUUGGCUUUCAAAAAUAUGAGGUCUCAGAGUCAGAACAAAUACCAGAAUUAAAAGUGAAGGCAGAAUCAGAGGAUUUCAUUCUUGGUAGCCACUAUAGGAACAGGCAGCCCUAUCCUUCUAAUGCGCUUCUGGAAUCAGAGCAAAGCUAUCAUAGUCAUUGUUGUAGUUAUUCAGGGCGUACGGAGAGGAAUGAUGGUCUUCUUUACCAAUGCAGUGUUUGUUCUAAAAGUUUUAGAUCUCCAUCUAAACUGGAAAGACACUAUCUAAUUCACGCAGGGCAGAAGCCAUUUGAAUGCUCUGUUUGUGGCAAAACAUUCAGACAGGCCCCUCACUGGAAGAGACAUCAGCUCACUCACUUCAAGGAAUGACACAAGAAAAAAUGGUUGUCUUAACGUCAGUUGUGUAACUAACAGAACCACUGACACAUUUGUGGUCUCUCUGGUGGUCGUGUUCUUUAAAGCCUGUUAUCUAUAAAGGAGGAAGCCCUCCCUUCCAUGCACAAGUCAAGUGCAACUUUGGUAAUCAGUGACUUGCUAAUGUUGGUAAAGAUGUUAAUUCACUGAACCUUCCUUUCCUCUAUGUGUCUGCCUUUUAGAGAGAUUUCUAAGGAAUCUAUAAAUGGCAAUUAUUGAACUGAAAAAACAGCCUGUAUCAUCUAAAAUGUAUUUUUAUCAAAAGGCCUGCAUUAGGUUGAAUGAUUUCACAGGCAAUUGCCUGUCCUGCAGAGUAAGGUAAGAUACAUAGAAAAUACAAUGUUUUAGGAACAGCCAAAUUAAUUUUUAGAGGGGAGAACAUGAUCUCAUGCCAUAAAGUAAGUAUUUAUUUUAUUUCAAUAUAUACUUGGACUGUAUUGCAAGUGUUAUAAAUCCAUGAUGCGGUACAAACAGUUCAGCCUCAUUCAUUUUUUAAAGCAAUUGUCCCUUGUGACAGGCCAUCUCCUUUUAGAUAUACCCAAAAACAGAGGCGAAAAAAUUGGGUUUUGGCUGCAGCAAAUAUUUCAUUUAUUUUACAUUUCACAUGAAAGCAUAGUUUUGUUCACCUGUGGCUAAAAUGCCAUUGCAAAAUUUUUUCUUGUAAAUUUACAAAAUAUAAAGGCAGUAAAGGUGAAAAUGGAUAAGAAAAUCAUAGCAUUGUUUUCAUUGGUCUUUUCCAAUCCUAAGAAUAAAUAUCCUUAGGAUUCUGUGGUAGCUUCACCUUUAUCACAGGUGAUUAGAAUCAGUUUUUUGCCCAAUCGACUAUUGUCUUUCCCAAAAGAACUUAAAAGUAGGAGAGAGGCUAGGAUGCACCUCCGUACAUUUACCUUGUUUACUUAUCAGGAAUAUUGUCCAAGUGCCAUAAUCUUUUUGAUGAUAUGUAUGCAGUGUUAUCUUUUCAGAGGAAUAAAUGCAAUUUGUCUAUUUGCUUAUUAAUGAUUGAUGGCAGUAGUUAUAGACUUAAGACUCUCCUAUAGAUUUGCAUCUCCAUGAGAUUUUUACAUUUACUUUAAUAAACCUUUCUUUUAAUGCUGAUUUGAGUGGUCCUAUGACUUAACUAAAUCUAUUUUGUUAAGUUUGAUCAAAACGCAAUGACUAAGUCUGGUUCUGUAUUUUAUUCCUCUAUGGUUUUUUUUUUCAAGAUUCUGAUGCUAAAGAAUGUUAUUGGGUCCUUAGUAAAUUUUUAUUUUAAUUAGUAAGGUUCCUGUAUAGGAAUAAGAUGCUUAUAGAAUUAAAGGUGUCAUUCUUCUAAACAGGACUGUCAUGAUUUGGGAAAUAAUUUAAUCUAUAAAAGAGUUAUAAUUACAAAUUGUCCAUAUUUUUAAUGAAAUCUUUAAGAAUAACAUUCCCUAGAAAUAAAAUAGCCAUUAUCUUUCUAAAGUGAAAAGAACAAAUAGUUAUUUUCCUAGGUGGGUAUUUGUCACCUAUCUAGUGACAAGCUCUCUAUUGAUAAUGGGUAAAUGAACAAUUGUUAAGUUUUGCAUUGUACUGUAAGAACUGUGUGUAUUGCGGGGGAGGAGAGGUUGGUCUGCUUGCUGCUUUUACAAAUGAAUUUUGAGGAACUUGGGUUUCAUGAGCUGAAACAACAGUAAAGAUAAAAAUGCCAAUGAUACACAAAUGUGCAGGAGAAUCAUAUUUUAAAGAAUAAGUUCGCUUAAGUUUCGUUGCGAUAUCUUCCUCCAGUGCAAGCAAGAUGAUGGUUUAAAGAAUUUAGAGAAAACUUUUCAAGAACACAUCUAUUACAUUAAAGCAAGUGAUAACUAGUUCAUAUUUCCUGAGAAUAAAGGUUCAAUUUUCUUAAUAUAUUUCAAUGAUAUAUCUAUAUCUGAAAUUAUGUAUUUGGGGAUUUUCCUACACUAAUAUAAUUUUAUUUGAUGUAAAUGUCUCAUACACUCCUUUCCCAACCCAAAUAGGGAGAGACCUUAACAGCUUUGUGCCUGGAUGAUUAUUGGACUUUAUUUGCCUAAGUAAUACUAUACUUUUUUUGGCCCAUGCCUGUUUAAGCUGUUUCAUAUUGAAAGUUGGGAUAUUGUAAAAAUUUUGUCAAAGAUGUACUGUAGUGCUAUUUGAAGUACCUUUAACAAAUUACUUAUUUACCUUUACUAUCACUGCAAGCUUCUUGUGGAAACUUUAUAGGAAUGAAAAUAAACUGUAUACAUCUAUGAUAUGAUUAAACAUUAGAUGUUAAUUGAUGAUUUGCUGCAUGCCAGAACUGUUAGUGUUGUUGAAUCAAUUACUUUGGUUUUCUGAAAAAAUAAACUUUAUAAAUCUUUAAAGAGAAUUAAGUGAGUUUUUUGUUUGGGUGAUUCCAGGCUAUAUGUUUACUAAAGUCAUUUGAUUGCCUGAGUUAGUGGAAUUAUUGUUUAUUGUUUUGUACUAACGUAGACGAAAAGUGGAU